AUGGAUCCAUACAAGUAUAGACCUGAUAUAGUUCAUGGGGCUCUUGUCCAUAUCAUGUAUUCUCGAAUUCGUAUGGCUGGAUUAGUUCAGGCAGUAUUCAUAAGAACUGAUGAAGGAAUUCUCAUCAAAGUUGACCCUCGUACUCGAAUACCAGAAUCAUUGGACGAGCUGUUUUGUGAUAUGGUGUCUCAAUUGUUGCAAAAGCUUAGCACUAAAGCCAAAGGCAACUGUGGAAAACUAUUGCAAGUGGUAAAAAAUCCUGUGAUCCAAUACUUACCUGUCAAUUGCUUGAAGAUCGGUCUUUCCUCAAGUUCCAAAAAAGUUGUUGAACCACGAGAUUACCUCAAAACGUUUAGCAACGACGUCAAUCUAGUAUUUGUGAUUGGAGCAAUGGCUCAUGGCAAAAUUGACAAUGAAAACAUAGAUGAAUUGAUAUCAGUUUCUGGAUAUCACUUAAGCGCUAGAGUUUGUCUACGCAUGAUAUACGAGAGCUUGGGUACGAAAUAUGGAAUCUGGUGA